CUAUGUCCAUGCUUUAGGCUUGUUGGUUCGGGAGUUGAUAGUCUGCGUAGUUUUUCGUUCCAACAGUGCUCCAAAAUUUUUGUGGCGCGAAUGUUUGAUUGAAAAAUUUCAUAAGCGACUACUUCUCAAGAUGGCAGCUAAAGACGCCAACGAUACCGUGCUCGAAGUCACAACCCCAAUAAUUCGGGGAAAGCAACCUUACGCAGAUUUUUGGGGCAUCACUCAAAUGCGAACUGUGAGAGUCAGCUACAUAUGGACCAUAAAAGAUUUCAACAUUCUGAUGUCCAAAAAGGUAGAUGCGAUUUUCACCGAAGAAUUCGCAGCAGAACAUGCUCCUCACGUAGUGUGGCAGAUGAUAUUGAGAAUUGGCCCCAACGAGCAAGAAGAUCUGCAGUUAGAACUGCACCACGUUCAAAAGAAGUCUAUUCCAUACAAACUUUUACUGAAAGCCAACAUUUCAAUUCUCAAUGCCGAAUCUGAAAGAAAUCACGCUGCUGCAACUUUCGAAGGGUUCUCGAAAGAAAAGGACAAGUGGGAGAAGCUGGAUUUCGUUUCGAAAGCCUUGUUGAUGGAAAAUCCAGACGAUCUUCUACCCAGAAAUUCUCUCACUCUAUUCUGUGAGAUCUCGCAGUCUGGAUAUUUUAAUAUUCAGAAGGACAAGAACGUUCCAAUCUAUGAAGAUCGAAUGUCGGAUGACAUUUCAAAACUUUUUGAGAACUCCUUGUGGGCUGAUGCUUAUAUAAAUGUCCAAGAAACAGUUUUCAAAGUACGCAAAGCUGUUUUAGCGGCACGAUGUCCAGUUUUCUGGGCAAUGUUUAAGCCAGAUAUGAGGAUGAAGGAGGAAAUUGAAAGCGUCGUAGAAAUUAAAAAUAUCAAGCCGAAAGUAUUCCGAGAAGUUUUGAGAUAUAUGUACACUGGUGAAAUAGAAAGUGCUGAUGAGACAGUAAUAGAAAUUCUGAUAGCUGCUGAUGAGUACAUUUUAGAGGGCCUCAAAAUAAUUUGCGAAAACACCCUAUACGAGAUUAUAAAAGCUAGAAAUGCCAUGAAUAUUCUUGUGGUUGCAGAUCAACUCGAGAUGAGCGCUUUGAAACAACAAGUUUUAAAAUUUAUCAAAAAUAAUCUAGCGGAUGUGAUGAAAUCAAAAAGUUGGGAUGAGGUUCUCGUUUCGCAUGUGGAUCUUGCAACAGAAAUCAUGCAACUGCACAUUUCUGAGUAGUUUUCUUUAGUAUGACGUAAUAUUUUGUUAAGAUAUUUUAUACGGUUAAAAAUUUCAGAAAGAUUUUACAAUGCUUUAAGAUAUAUAUUUUUUAUAUAACGAUGAAUGAUUACCGUAAAAUUGCCAGUCUUUUAAUUUUAAAAAGUGUCAUAACGGUGAAUGAUUACCGUAAAAAUGCCAGUGUUCUAAUUUCAAAAAGUUUCUGGCGU